ACUUUGUCUCUGAAAAACUUUAUUAGUCUUCAAGAAAAUGUCGGCUUAGCUUGACGGUAGCUUUGUCUUUCGCCAUCUUUCGGUGGACAAAGUACAGACAGUCUCCGCUGCCAUUUUGUUGUAGACUCUGUGCAGAGCGGCCUGGAGAGUAAUGAAGGAAUCCUCCACAAUGGAGGCUGAAGCAGAUUCAGCUACAGAAAUGAAUGGACAGGAAGAAGCCGACAGUGAUGGGGAAGAUAGUGCUAGCCAGACAGAGACCGAGGAAGAGAGUUCUGAUAUGGAUGAUAUGGAUUGUGAACGACGCAGAAACGAGUGUAUUGAUGAGAUGUGUCAAUUAGAAAAGCAAUUCUCAGAGUUGAAAGAAAAGUUAUUCAAGGAAAGACUGAACCAGCUUAAAGCCAAAUUGGAAGAGGUGUCUUCUGGUAGAGCUAUGGAGUAUCUUAACCCUUUGGCUGACCUACAGAAGAACAUGAAAAUCCGCAUUGAAGUUGCAGGAAUUUAUAAGGGAUUUUGCCUGGAUGUUAUAAAACACCGAUAUGAAUGUGAGCUUCAGGGAGCUAAGCAGCAUUUAGAGAGUGAGAAGGUUCUCUUGUUUGACAACAUGCAAUGUGAACUAUUGGAGCGAAUCCAACGACUUGAGGAAGAUCGUCAAAGCAUAGAUAUCUCCUCAGAAUGGUGGGAUGAAGAAUUGAGAUCCAAGCGAAGUAGAAAAAAGUGGGAUCCAUUUCGUUCGGAGAAGAAGCGGAGAGUUCCAUUGGUUUCUGGUCCAUAUAUUGUUUAUAUGUUACGGGACUUGGAUAUCCUAGAGGACUGGACUGCUAUCAAAAAGGCUAAAGCAGCAGUUUCUCCCCAGAAGAGGAAAUCAGACAGUGUGAAGGUUGAAAAGCAGCAUUUUAGUGCUCGGUGUGAAGAUGGUUGCCUAUAUUAUGAAGGAGAGAGCUUCACCAAAGGGGAAGCCAUUAUUCUUGACAUAAAAGAUGAACCCCCAUCACAGGCUGUGAUCACUGCAGUAAGCACAGGAGAAGUUUGGCUGAGGCGAGGAGACAGCAGCAAGACAAAGAUAUAUGUAUCUCAGCUACAGAAAGGCAAAUACUCGGUGAGAAGAGCAGGAAAAUAAGAAAAGUAACCCUUCCUCCUUCAUGAAAUCUGGGAGGAUACCUUCUGCAAAAUAUUGAUUUGGGUUUUAGGGAUAGGGCAAAAUGCUUUAGGGUACUGUGUGAGUGUGUGACAAUAUUGCAGCAUAUAGGAUGCUGUAUGUAGAUAUUGUAAAUAAAAUGAAUUUUGUGUGUAUGGCAAGCUGUAGCAAGAACCACUUUUCCAGAGGGUAGGGCUGGUGUUUAGCGUACGGUGCUGAGCUGUUUCCAAAAAUAGUUAUUUUCCUAUAUUUACAUUUUUGCUAAAAUUUAAAUAUGUAUUUUUAUAACCAAUUAAUUUAGAACGCAAUAAACUAUUGUCUUAAAGCUAAA